CUUCAAGUAUGCAAUACAUACACUGUAAAAAUGUGCUUCAGAUCUGCACACAGCUGAGCUGCAGACUCGCCGAGCAGGAGGUCGUCAUCAAGGAGGAGCUGGACUUUCUCAUGAGGAAGGCGAUGGGAUGCGAUCGCUGCCGAAGAGUGUUCGGCAGGAACGACUCGAUGAGGCCUCAGCGCGCAGGCUUGGACGUGGAGAAGGAGUCGCUGAAGGCGCAGCUGAGGGAGCUGGAGACGGAACUGGCGCAGGCCAAGCUGCGGUUUGUGGAAGCUCAGUGUGAGAUUCAGGAGCUGGAGCACCACAGGAGACUGCUGACAAAAUGAGGGUGCGGCUGGCUGAC